AUGGGCGACAGAGUGAGCGAGCAACGCCGGCCACCGGCCAGGAUCGGGGGUCCGGGCAGAGCCAACAGCGCCGAGACGGAGAAGGGGGACACUCCCGGGACUUCCAGCUCUACACCCAUCCCAUCGGAGGUCGGGGGAGCAGCCAAACUGUCUCCGGGGGACCCCGACUAUUGCCGCAGGAUCCUGGUCAGAGAUGCUAAAGGGACAAUCCGUGAGAUCGUGCUUCCCAGAGGCCUGGAUUUGGAUCGGCCGAAGCGGACUCGAACCUCCUUCACCGCUGAGCAGCUGUACCGCCUGGAGAUGGAGUUCCAGCGAUGCCAGUAUGUGGUGGGUCGGGAGCGCACUGAGCUAGCCAGGCACCUCAACCUGUCCGAAACGCAGGUUAAGGUCUGGUUCCAGAACCGCCGUACAAAGCAGAAGAAAGAUCAGAGUAAAGACUGCGAUAGCCGUUCCCCUGGCACAUCCGAAUCCGUCGCCACCUGUAACAUCCUGAGGCUCCUGGAACAAGGAAGGUUGUUGUCCAUCCCUCCAGCUCCCAGUUUGCUCAGUCAAGGACCCAGCCCCCUGGGAUCUCCGGCGGGUAACGUCUGUGGCCUGGUAUCCUCCAGCAGCAGUUCGCCUAGGCUGACCGGCGCCUCUUUUAGCCUCUCUGCACCUCCCCAGACCACCUCCUCCCCUCACCACCAGGCCGGUGCUUCUCCGUGCUUCUUGAGCCCGGCCCUAGGUGGUGCCCUGGAACUCUCCGCCGGCCACGGAGUGGGUACAUCAGCUUUUGAGCCUUACACACAGACGGAGAAGAAAGACAACGCCACAGACAAAAGGCCAAGUUCGUAG